AAUCUCCCAACUCAUCUCUGGUUCAAAAAGUAGAAUCAGUCAUUUGAAAAUGGAAACAGAAAGUGAGUUAUCCGAUGAUGAAGAAGAAAUAUUGGUGUAUGUUGAAUUUGAGAGUUAUGUUGAAAAUUCAACAUUCAGUAACAAAACGCUACAAUUAGACAUGAUAGGGUUAGACACGGAACACCCUAUAAUGCAAGUUGAUGGAAAGUUUUAUGAAGGAACGUAUGAAGAUGCUAUAGGAACAUACAUGUUUUUUAGAAAUGAUGAUAAUCCAAUUUUAGACGACCCUGUGUUCGAUGCAAAACCAACCUUAAAGUAUUUCGUCCAAACAAGAAAAAUCUUGAAAAUGCAAAGGGUUUUUGUUACUCCUAGAACAGAACUUCUGGGAGAUUCUAACGAUACAAGAUCGGUUCCGAACAUGGAUGUCAUUAAAAAAGCAGGUGUCCCACCUAAAUAUCAAGAAGGAGCCCUCGAGUUUUGGAAAAAAAUGUAUGUCGAUAGAAUACAAGCUUUAUCCACAUAUCUGGCAAAACAGAAGAUUCGAGAAGAAAAAAGAUGCCAGGGUAUUGAUGUGGCUUCAGAUUCCGAUGAUGAUAAUUUAUUUUUUACUCAUAAAUCUAAAGGUUGUGCUUUGGGAAAUAAGAAAAAAACUGUUACAGAUGACGAAAAUACGAGUUCAGACUGUGAUAGAAUAUCUAAUUCUCAGGGUAAAAACAUUACAAAAGGAUCCAAGUGUAUAAGAGAAACAAUACAAACCAAAAAAACAGGAAAAGAACUUAACAAAAAAUUGACUGCAAUAGAUCCAGGACCGUCAACAUCAAAAAAUAGCUUUCCUUGGAUAACUCCUCCUAGAGAAGACAAUGAAUAUGAGCACAAUUUAUUAAAACCUAGAAGAAAAUUUGCUUCCAGAUCGGGUCAAAAAACAUAUAGAUCACAUGGAAAAUCUGGAAAAUUAAGUGAGAUGACUAUUAAUAUUCACAAUUUUGACCCUAAUUUAUCCAAAACAAGCACAUACCAUCUCACUUCUGUAAAUACUGGUAGAGACGAUGACAACUUACAGGGCAAGCAGUCAGUAAAAAAUACAAAUCCUAAAGAUGAAUUGAGCAUAUCAAAUGGACACAAAAACAGUGAUGUGAGACCAUCGUCUAUAACAGUGGAUAAUAAAGAUCUUGAAAUAGCUACAUCACAAUUAAAUACAAAUCAUGAAAAUGAUAUAUUACACACAAAUAAAAAGAUCGUACCUGAGAAUAGUAAAAUACGGAAACAGGACAAAAAAGAAGCAAAGAUGAAAGAAAUUUCAAAUAGAUUAAAGAACAUAAAGGAGGAAUAUGUAAAGAAAAAACAAGUCAGUUAAAAAAU